AUGUCCGCGGCAGCGCUCGGCACCGCGCACAGCCCCGCUGGACCGGACUGGGCUGGGACCGGGACCGGGACAGGAAUCGGGACAGAGAUCGGGAUAGGGACCGGGAUCGAGAUCGGGAUGGGGAUCGGGACCGGGAUCGGGACGGGGACAGGAGCGGCGGUGCCCGCGGAGCCCCCGCCUCACCCGUGCCGGGCUCGGAGCCGCUCCCCGCCGCGCUGCUGGCUCAGACCCAAGCCGUGCCAAGGCAGCCUGCUCCAGGACAGCGUGAGGAGGUACCUGCAGCUGCCAGCAGACCAGACAGUGCUCAUCCUGCAUGCCAAGGUGGCACAGAAGUCCUACGGCAACGAAAAAAGGUUUUUCUGCCCCCCACCUUGUGUUUACCUGAGCGGGCCGGGAUGGAAGUUAAAGCAGGAGCAGAUAAAAGCCAGGGACCUGGGAGAAGCUGGAUUUCGGGUGUGUGGGUACAUGGGGCUGGACAGCAUGGGCAGCAGCCUGAUGGAGACCCAGAAGCUGAGCUUUGAGGAGCAGCCAGAUGCAAAGGGGUUCAGCUGUGCCAAGGCCCUGUACAUCUCGGACACGGACAAGCGCAAGCAUUUCCGCCUGGUCCUGAAACUCUUCUUCAGCAACGGGCAGGAGAUCGGCACCUUCCACAGCAAACUCAUCAAGGUCAUCUCCAAACCCUCGCAGAAGAAGCAGUCCCUGAAGAACACGGACCUCUGCAUCUCCUCAGGCUCCAAAGUGUCCCUCUUCAACCGCCUGCGCUCGCAGACCGUCAGCACCCGGUACCUGUCUGUGGAGGGAGGAGCCUUCAUCGCCAGCGCCCGGCAGUGGGCAGCCUUCACCCUCCACCUGGCCGACGAGCGCUGCAGCCGCAGCGAGUUCCCCCUGCGGGAAGGGUACAUCCGCUACGGCUCCGUGGUCCAGCUGGUCUGCACGGCCACCGGCGUCACCCUGCCGCCCCUGAUCAUCCGGAAGGUGAUGAAGCAGUACGCCAUGCUGGACGUGGAUGAGCCCAUCUCCCAGCUCCACAAGUGUGCCUUCCAGCUGCAGGGCAGUGACCGCAUGUACCUGUGUCUCUCCACAGACAAGGUGAUCCAGUUCCAGGCAUCUCCCUGCCCGAAGGAAGCCAACAGGGAGCUGCUGAAUGAUGGCUCGUGCUGGACCAUCAUCAGCACGGAGACAGUGGAGUACACCUUCAGCGAGAGCCUGGCGUGUGUGCGUGAGCCUGUCAGCCCCGUGCCCCUCAUCGCUGCCCUGCAGCUCACAGGUGGUGGGGACGUGGCCAUGCUGGAGGUGCAGGGGGAGUAUUUCCAUGCACACCUCAAGGUCUGGUUUGGAGAUGUGGAAGCAGAGACCAUGUACAGGAGCCCCAAGUCCCUCGUGUGUGUGGUCCCUGAUGUCUCUGCCUUCGGCAGCGACUGGAGGUGGCUCCGCUAUCCCAUCACGGUCCCGCUCCUGCUCAUCAGGGACGAUGGCCUCAUCUACUCCAGCUCCUUCACAUUCACCUACACCCCAGAGCAGAGCUGCAUCCCCAGGCAGCAGGUCCUCUCAGAUGUUCCCCAGGACUCAGACAAAUUACUCGACAGCAUCCACCAGGAGUUUACCAGGACCAACUUCCACCUCUUCAUGCAGACCUAGCAGGCUGAGGUCACUCACUGCUGGCCUAGGGAAGGGGAACAGCCCUGAGCCAUCCUGGGGGGGCUCAUCCAGGGCUUGGGGUGGCCCUGCCAAAGGGUUCUCCCCACUCAUUGAACACACACCAUGCUCCUGUGAUUUACUGAUUUAU